AAAUUUGUCGGGGAACUGUCGUCCGCGGGAGACGCGCACUGGCGGCGGGCUCGGCAAGUUUUGCUGCUUUUAGUGGAAUUUAUUUUCAAAAUGGCUGCUACGAGGAGGUUGCAAAAGGAACUCGGCGACCUCAGGGCGUCGGCGAUGAAGAACUUCACAAAUAUCCAAGUAGACGAGUCCAAUAUCCUCACCUGGCAGGGCCUGAUAUUGCCGGACAACCCACCAUACAACAAAGGCGCGUUUCGCAUCGAAAUUAAUUUUCCCGCAGAAUACCCCUUUAAACCACCAAGAAUAAAUUUCAAAACGAAGAUAUAUCAUCCAAACGUAGACGAAAAGGGACAGAUAUGUUUGCCAAUUAUAAGCGCGGAAAAUUGGAAACCUGCUACAAAAACGGACCAAGUGAUCCAAGCUUUGAUAGCAUUAGUGAAUGAUCCUGAGCCCGAGCAUCUCUUGAGAGCGGAUCUAGCUGAAGAAUUUCUGAAGGAUAGAAAAAAGUUUUUAAAAAAUGCGAAAGAGUUUAUAAAAAAGCAUGCCGAGAAGAGGCGGGAAUCAUCAUCAUCUUCUAACCGAAUAACUCCGAAUGAUUUAGCUUUACUUACCAUCAUCACCACGAUGCCUGCCGCCCGUCAGCUGAUUUAA